AUGAGGACCAUCGAGGAGCUCGCCAAGACUGUGAGCUGUAUGAAAACCAAAAAGGAGAAGGCCGCCGAGUUUCUCGCCCACAUGAACGCCCUAGAUGCUUUUGAGCGCGAGAGAACCGAGGCGGGCAUCUAUGCGUUCCACAAGGAUCGGCUGGUCUAUAUGGAACCCAUCGCCGCGUUGAUGAAGGCUCAUGAGAUCAGUUGGGCAGACCUCUCGCCGCUCAUUCCCACCACUGAUUGGUCUAUAAAACGAGUGCCGUGCGCCUACCUGAACCCAAUGAACAAGGCGGACCCGGAAUGCAACAAGGAAGGCCUUUUCUCGUGCUCUACGUGCAGAUUAGUCAAGUACUGUUCCAAAGAGUGCCAGGCAAAACAUUGGAAGAUACAUUCCAGAGACUGCAAAAACAAAAGGAAGGGGUGGAAGCCGCACUGGGUCACAGAAGGGCGGACGCCAGAAUACUCCGCGUCAACGGACAUCUCUCAGGAGGGUUCGGAUCCUCUAAGGCAUCGCUUGACUCUCUGGGGCACUUUGCCUGCAUACGACGUUCUAAAUAUCGCACAAAACGAGGGAACUUCCGUAGGCAGUCUCAACCUCAUGUUCGCAAACUCGGGUGAUCUUCGCAACGUUAUAAAGACAGUGAAUUCUCUCCCACUCGACUUCCAAGGGAAGACGACUAUCGUGCUCAACGACCGUGAUCCAUGGAUUACUGUGCGCAAUGCCGUGAUACUACGAACUCUCCGAGCCUCCGGGGACAAGAGGCUCCUUGCAGAUAUCGCGUACCAUCUGUGGUAUUCUGCAUUCAUCCCCGACUCGUACAGCAUGACCUACGGCGACUAUAUCCAUGCCAUUGGCGUUCACACGGGGGAUCGGUAUGACGUCAAUUUGGGGGCCGCAUCUGCGCUUCAUGUAGAAGUAACGGCAGACGUGCGCGCACUGUGCACGUCGCUCGUCGCGUCCGGCCACUUGUAUUCAUCCCGCGAGGCAGCUGUUGAGUACUCCAUAGAUCGACUCCGCGACGACUCGCAUAUUGAUCUCCACGACCGCCACUACUACAGGCUUCGACCGUCCCACCGGUUAGCGCUACGCGAGUACCGCUCAUUCGGCUGCGUUGUACCGUUUGGCACGCACUUUACUCAUUACCCGUCUCCGAAUCGUCUGCUCUUCUCUCCUAAAGGGGAGUGGCUUCAGACUUCCGACGCGGAUCCGCUCAACUCUUGGGACAUCGAGGACGUCAUCGAGGCCGGCAAAGCUUACGGCGCCAACGAGGAAGACGUCUACGGCUGCUUCUACUUCUACGUUACGGACCAGCUUGUCCAGUUCGCCGAACGGCUGGCCAACCUACGUCUGGUGUUCAAGCUCUUCAACUCGGAACCGAACGCGCUCGCGGCGUCGAUCGUGUGCAACGGGAAACGCAGGCCGCUCGGCAUCCCGAAGAAAUUCAGGUUCGAUCGGAUCGACGUGUCGAACAUGAUGGACUUCGACUUUGGCGGCGUCGGUCCGACGUUGGAGACGUGGGGAGGGCUGCUGAGGAAUAGCCCGCAUGCGUGCAUACUUGGGUAUUUCUCGAGUUGGCCGGACGGCGAGCCCGAUGCGGACGAAGCUAGCAAUAUAUUAGAAGAGCUGCUCUCGUCUGGAAAGGCGCGUACCUUUAUCUCCAUGCCACCAGUUACCGACGAUACCGCAGAUUCCAACAACCAUAAUGCACAGAUGGCGUGGGCCAUGGCGGCUCAUUACCAUGUUUGCGCGGCACUAUACGAUAACUCGGAAGCGUUCGAGGCAUAUCUCAACGAGGAGGGUCUUGAGCAGGCUCUCGAACGGAACGACCUAAGACGAAAGGAGGUCCGUACCGUCCUUCCUCGGCGCCUCGGAGUUCCGUUGGAUGCCCCGCCUUCGGCCCUCCCGCAUUUCGAAUCGGACGACAGCUGGUACUUGAAGACGACCAUAGGGAUCAGCAUGUGGAACGAACGCUUCAUCGAGAUCGCGCGAGCUUCUUCAUGA